UGGAGACCAAGAUGGCGGCGGCGGUGACGGCGCCGGCCGUGUGGCCCGGGGCGAUCCGCCAGUGAGCGCUGAGGCCGCUCCGCUGCGGGUGGGGCCGCGCCGGGCCUGCUCGCCGGGCCGCAGAGCUCGCCGUCCCGCGACCGCCUGAACCGACCUCUGCUUUCUCCCCCACGCCCCGCCCGCUGCUCCGCCGCCUUCCGCAGAGGCCAUGGAGGACGAGGAGCGACAGAAGAAGCUGGAGGCCGGCAAAGCCAAGCUUGCCCAGUUUCGACAGAGGAAAGCCCAGUCUGAUGGACAGAAUCCUUCCAAGAAGCAGAAAAAAAAGAGGAAAACCUCAAGCAGUAAACAGGACGUGUCGGCAUACCAUGACCAGUCCCAGGAGGAGGAGAGGAGUCUGAGCAGUUGUCAGGGGGUGGGACCCACUGGGACUCCGGAGCCCACAGCAAGGGGAACUCUGUGCAGUGGGGAGACGAUGCAGACCGACCAGGUCUUCUCUGCCGAGCCAGAGAGUGAAAUUUCAACUACUGCAGAUGAUUACAGUUCAGAGGUUAAUGGUUGCAGUUUUGUGAUGAGAACAGGAAAGCCUGCAGAUUUAUUAAGGGAAGAAGAAUUUGGUGUCGAUGAUUCUUAUUCUGAACCAGGAGUACAGUACAGUCAGGCGCACCUAGAGAUGAUGGAAACUGAAUUGACUGGGAAACAGCAAGAGAUUGAAGAGCUCAGUAGAGAGUUGGAAGAGCUCAGGGCCACUUACGGGACCGAAGGACUGCAGCAGUUACAAGAAUUCGAAGCUGCCAUUAAACAAAGAGAUGGCAUCAUAACCCAGCUCACUGCCAAUUUACAGCAGGCAAGAAGAGAAAGGGAUGAGACAAUGAGAGAAUUUUUAGAGUUGACAGAACAAAGCCAAAAAUUACAGAUUCAGUUCCAGCAUUUACAGGCCAGUGAAACACUGAGAAGCAGCACUCACAGCAGCACGGCUGCAGACUUGCUACAAGCCAAACAGCAGAUCCUCACUCAUCAGCAGCAGCUCGAAGAACAGGACCACUUACUAGAAGACUAUCAGAAAAAGAAAGAAGACUUCAAAAUGCAGAUUAGUUUCUUGCAAGAGAAAAUUAAAGUAUAUGAAAUGGAGCAAGAUAAAAAAAUAGAAAAUGCAAAUAAAAAAGAAAUACAAGAAAAGGAGGCUAUCAUUGAAGAAUUAAGUACAAAAAUAGUAGAAGAAGAAAAAAAAGCUCUUGAACUGAAAGAUAAAGUAACAGUUUCUGAUAAAUUAUUAGGAGAAUUACAAGAACAGGUUGUACAAAAAAACCAAGAGAUUAAAAAUAUGAAAUUAGAGCUGACCAGUUCUAAGCAAAAAGAAAGACAAUGUUCUGAAGAAAUAAAGCAGUUGAUGGGGACAGUUGAAGAGCUUCAGAAGAGAAAUCAUAAAGAUAACCAAUUUGAAGUUGAUGUAGUGCAAAGAAUGGAACAAGAAACACAAAGAAAGUUGGAACAGCUUCGAGCGGAGUUGGAUGAGAUGUAUGGGCAGCAGAUUGUGCAGAUGAAACAAGAAUUAAUAAAGCAGCACUUGUCGCAAAUAGAGGAACUUAAAGCACAGCAUAAGGGAGAAGUGGAGAGUGCUUUGAAAUCAUAUCCACAUGCUGCUGUUAAUGAAGAUCAAGUUAAGUUAAUGACCAUGGCAAUAAAUGAGUUGAACAUAAAAUUGCAAGAUACUAACUCUCAAAAGGAGAAACUCAAGGAAGAACUGGGAGUGAUUUCAGGAGAGAAGUCUGCUUUACAAAGACAGCUUGAAGAUCUUUUUGAAGAAUUGAGCUUUUCAAGGGACCAAAUCCAGAGAGCAAGACAGACAAUAGCUGAACAAGAAAGUAAACUGAAUGAAGCGUACAGGUCCCUUAGUACAGUGGAAGAUUUGAAAGCUCAGAUCGUUUCAGCAUCUGAAUCCAGGAGGGAAUUAGAAUUAAAACAUGAAGCAGAAGUUACAAAUUACAAGAUCAAACUUGAAAUGUUAGAAAAAGAGAAAAAUGCUGUAUUAGACAGAAUGGCUGAGUCACAAGAGGCCGAAUUGGAGAGACUGAGAACACAACUUCUGUUUAGUCAUGAAGAGGAACUUUCCAAGCUGAAGGAAGAUUUGGAAAUUGAACACCGAAUAAACACUGAAAAGCUUAAGGAAAACUUGGGCAUUCACUAUAAACAGCAGAUAGAUGGCUUACAGAGUGAAAUGAGUCAAAAGAUAGAAACCAUGCAGUUGGAAAAAGAUAAUUUGAUAACAAAGCAGAAUCAGUUGAUUUUGGAAAUUUCAAAGCUAAAAGAUUCACAGCAGUUCCUUGUGAAUUCAAAAUCUGAAGAAAUGACCCUUCAAAUCAGUGAACUUCAAAAAGAAAUCGAAAUACUCAGGCAGGAAGAAAAGGAAAAGGGUACACUAGAACAAGAAGUUCAAGAAUUACAACUUAAAACUGAGUUAUUGGAGAAGCAAAUGAAGGAAAAAGAGGAUGACCUUCAAGCAAAAUGUGUGCAGCUUGAAGCAGAGAAUAGCAUUCUUAAAGAUGAAAAGAAGACUCUAGAAAACAUGUUGAAAAUAAAUACUUCUGUUAGUGAAGACGAAGGAGUGAUUGUCAUGGACUCCACUAAGUCUAAUUCCAAAGACUGUAGCUGGCAGAAAGAAAUAGAAAUACUCACAGAAGAAAAUGAGGGCCUCAAACAACAGUGUAUUCAAUUAAACGAAGAAAUUGAAAAGCAAAGAAAUACGUUUUCAUUUGCUGAAAAAAACUUUGAGGUUAACUAUCAAGAGUUACAGGAAGAAUAUGCUUGCCUUCUCAAAGUAAAAGAUGAUUUGGAAGACAGUAAGAAUAAGCAAGAAUUAGAGUACAAACGUAAACUUGAAGCACUUAAUGAAGAGCUUCAUUUGCAAAGAAUAAAUCUACCCACUGUGAAAGUGAAAAGCUCAGCCUCUGAAGAUGACAAAACCAUGUUAUCAGAGCCGUUGGAAGCCAGUGAGGUUGUUGAGAAGGAUACAACAGAACUUAUGGAAAAACUUGAGGUCACCAAGCGAGAAAAACUGGAACUCUCAGAGAGACUGUCUAAUCUUUCUGAACAAUUAAAACAGCAGCAUGUUGAGAUUGACUUUCUGAAUGAAGAAGUUAAAUCUUUAAAGCAAGAGAAAGAGCGGGUUUUAUUGAGAUGUAGAGAGCUGGAAGGAAUACUUUGUCAUAAUGGGACAGAAAACAGCUAUAUGGAGAACACUCAGUUAAAUUCUCUAAGCGACGAAAUUGGUCCUGUGACAAGUAUGGAUGGUGGAGCAUCAGUUUCUCACACAAAGAAAGGUUCUAGUGAAGAAUCGAGACUAACAGUGACAGACAAAAUUCCCUUUGCUAAUCUGCCUGUCGGAAAAACAAGCAAGCAAGAACAGUUGUUUUUGGAUCAUUUGACCUUGGUAACAAAAGAAUCAUCGCUUGGGGCAAUUGAACCAAGUGAAAGUGACAAACUUCAGCAAGAACUCAGUGUACUUAAAUCAGAACAGAAUGACUUAAGGCUGCAGAUGGAAGCCCAGCGCAUAUGCCUCUCCCUCGUAUAUUCCACACAAGUGGAUCAGGUUCGUGAAUACAUGGAAAACGAAAAAGAUAAAGCUCUUUGCAGACUGAAAGAGGAGCUUAUCUCUGCUCAAGAGGAAAAGAUCAAAGAACUUCAGGAAAUACACCAGUUAGAACUACAAAACACAAAAAUACAAGAAGCAGGCGAUGAAGCAAAGCCUUUACAGGCACUCCUUGGAAAACUUCAGGAGGCAGUAGCUGAGGAAUGUUCCUGUAUUUCACAGACUUUAUGCCAUGUCCUUGGUGAAUAUUAUACUCCUACUGUAAAAUGUGAAAUAAAUGUAGAAGGAAAAGAGAAUCCUGUUGAUCACACUUCUGAAUGUCAAGAGUCUCAAUUUCAAGAUUACAGAUGUAAAGUUCAAGACUUUCAAGAAAACAUGCAAACUCUUCUCAAUCAAGUAAAAGAGGAAUACAACAAACUCUUGGUGCUUCAGACACGAGUAAACAAGGGACAGCCAAUCGACGUGUGACACUUGAUAUUUGCGGAAAACACUCACAUUACCUAAAAGAGGACCCAUUCCUUGUCCCUUCACUCUCAGAUGAGCAACUUACAAGACAUUGGUGUCAGUCAUGGAGGCAGGUUACCCUCUCAGCAAGCCUCUGGACGGAUGAAGCAACUUGGAGAUGAAGUCCAGCAACUGGAGCACUCCAGAUCCCCUUUGCAGCCACAGUCGGAAGAGACUGAUGGAAACUCUGGGGCCCAAGUCCGCUGUUUGCAGCAGAGGCUUCACCCUAUUCAGCCAAGCUUCUCCAAUGGUUCAACAGUAAUUGUGGACUCAGAUGUACAGAGAACAAUGUAUCCUGGAAAUUGUCCAGAAGACAGUACUGAUGGUACAGUAGAGUUUUCUGGAGAAUCUCAAGUGAAACCAGAAACAAAUAUGGUUAAGAUGCUGGAAAAACAGUACCAAGAACGAUUAGAAGAAGAAGUAGCUAAGGUCAUUGUGUCAAUGAGUAUAGCAUUUGCUCAACAAACUGAACUGUCUAGAGUGUCUGAGGGAGUAGAAAAUGGCACCGCAUCAGAGCAAGCACACGCUCCCUGUCAGCAGGAAGAACAACAUUUUCAGGAAAAGCAGUUACCAAAGGGCCAAGCUGUUCUUCAGGCUUUAGAGGGAACAGAUACGAAGCUCAAAGAAGAAUUUAAACCACUUAGUAAAGAGUUAGGAGAAGAUCGAAAGGAAGUUCUGUUGUCAAAUGAUGAGGAUCUUGCUCACACACUAGACUCAGAGGACCAUGAACUGACUAUUUCAGAAGAAAUGUUCUGCAAAGAUAAGACAUUUGUAGUCAGAGAAUCUGUUCAUGAUGAAAUUUUGGUAUCAAAUAUGGAUGCUUCUAGACAGCUAAUGCUGAAUGAAGAGCAGUUGGAAGAUAUGAGGCAAGAACUCGUCCGACAGUACCAGGAGCAUCAGCAGGCGAUGGAGCUCUUACGGCAGGCACACAUGCGGCAGAUGGAGAGGCAGCGGGAAGACCAGGAACAGCUGCAGGAAGAAAUUAAGAGACUCAACAGACAGUUGGCCCAGAGAUCCUCAAUAGAUAAUGAAAACCUGGUUUCAGAGAGAGAGAGGGUGCUCUUAGAGGAGCUGGAAGCACUAAAGCAGCUGUGUUUAGCUGGAAGAGAGAAGCUGUGUUGUGAGCUGCGCAACAGCAGUACGCAAACACAGGAUGGAAGUGAAAACCAGCCGGAAGCGGAGGAACACACGUUCACAGAGAAGGAACUGGACAGAAAACCUGAGGACGUCCCUCCUGAUGUCCUGUCCAGUGAAAGAUAUGCACUUCAGAAAGCUAAUAACAGACUUCUCAAGAUCCUCGUGGAAGUUGUAAAGACAACAGCAGCUGUUGAAGAAACUAUUGGCCGCCAUGUCCUUGGAAUUCUAGAUAGAUCUAGUAAAAUCCAGUCAUCUGCCAGUCUGAUGUGGAGGUCAGAAGCAGAGGCAUCUGUAAAAUCAUGUGUCCAUGAGGAACAUAUAAGAGUUACAGACGACUCCAUCCCCCCUUACUCUGGAAAUGAUGUGUCAAGGAAUGACAGUAGCGUGUGGUCCAAAGUGACCGAGGAAGGAGCGGAGCUGUCCCAGCGGCUUGUGAGGACUGGUUUUGCUGGAUCUGAAAUAGACCCUGAGAAUGAAGACCUGAUGCUGAACAUCAGUUCUCGACUCCAGGCAGCAGUUGAAAAACUCCUGGAAGCCAUAAGUGAAACUAGCAGUCAGCUUGAACAUGCAAAAGUUACCCAGACAGAGUUGAUGCGUGAGUCAUUCAGACAGAAACAGGAAGCCACGGAGUCCCUGAAGUGCCAGGAGGAGCUGCGAGAACGCCUGCAUGAAGAGGCCCGGGCCAGAGAGCAGCUGGCGGUGGAGCUCAGCAGGGCCGAGGGUGUCAUUGAUGGCUAUGCAGACGAGAAGACAGUAUUUGAGAGGCAAAUUCAGGAGAAAAGUGAUCUGAUCGAUCAUCUUGAGCAGGAGCUGUUGUGUGCAGGUAGCAGACUGCGGGAGCUGGAGGCAGAGCGACAGCAGGUUCAGGAUGAGAGAGAAUUACUGUCGCGACAGAAGGAGGCGAUGAAAGCCGAGGCAGGCCCCAUCGGGCAGCAAUUUCUACAAGAGACAGAAAAGUUAAUGAAGGAAAAACUAGAAGUGCAGUGUCAAGCUGAAAAAGUACGUGAUGACCUUCAGAAACAAGUGAAAGCUCUAGAAAUAGACGUGGAGGAACAAGUCAGCAGGUUCAUAGAGCUGGAGCAAGAGAAGAACGCUGAACUGAUGGAUUUAAGACAACAAAACCAAGCUCUGGAAAAGCAGUUAGAAAAAACGAGAAAGUUUUUAGAUGAGCAGGCCAUUGAUAGAGAACAUGAGAGAGAUGUCUUCCAGCAGGAGAUACAGAAGCUGGAACAGCAGCUUAAACUUGUUCCUCGCUUCCAGCCUGUCAGUGAGCAUCCGACCAGAGAGGUUGAACAGUUAACAAACCAUCUGAAGGAAAAAACGGAUAAGUGCAGUGAACUCCUGCUGUCGAAAGAGCAGCUUCAGAGGGACAUCCAGGAGAGGAACGAGGAGAUCGAGAAGCUGGAGUGCAGAGUCCGGGAGCUGGAGCAAGCCCUGCUCACCAGUGUGGACACUUGUCAAAAGGUGGAGAACCGCAAGCAGUUUGGAGCUGUAGAAGCUAAAGCAGAAUUGUCACUAGAAGUGCAGCUGCAGGCUGAGCGAGACGCCAUAGACAGAAAGGAAAAAGAGAUCACAAACUUAGAAGAACAAUUAGAGCAGUUUAGAGAAGAACUGGAAAAUAAGAAUGAAGAAGUCCAGCAGCUACAUAUGCAACUAGAGAUACAAAAGAAGGAAUCCACUACUCGCCUACAAGAACUUGAACAAGAGAACAAAUUAUUUAAGGAUGAAAUGGAGAAACUGGGAUUUGCCAUAAAGGAAUCUGAUGUUAUUUCUCCUCAGGACCAACAUGUGCUGUUUGGAAAAUUUGCUCAAAUAAUACAGGAAAAAGAGGUAGAAAUUGACAGAUUAAAUGAACAAAUUAUAAAUCUUCAGCAGCAACUUGAAAUCACAACAGAUAACAAGGCCAUUGAAGAAAAAAAUGAACUGAUAAGGGAUCUUGAAGCGCAGAUAGAAUGUUUGAUGAGUGACCAAGAACGCGUGAAGAAGAAUAGAGAAGAAGAAAUAGAGCAGCUGAAUGAAGUGAUUGAGAAACUGCAACAGGAACUGGCGAGUAUUGAGCAGAAGACGUCCGCGGACCCUCCCUGCCUCCCCGAGGAAGCUGACAGCCUGAAGCACCAGCUGGAGCAGGUGAUCGCCGAGAAGCUGGCCUUGCAGCAUCAGGUCAAAACUACCAAGGAAGAAAUGGCUGUCACAAAAAAUGUACUUGAGGAAACCAAUUUCAAAAUGUAUCAACUUACUCAAGAAUUAUGCAACUUAAAGAGAGAACAUGAAAAUGUGGAAAAAAUUCAGAGAGUGCCAGAGAAAAGCAUGAAUGUGAGUGUGGGUGAUCUGAGCAAAGAUACGCCUGGGCUGGACCUGAUCCCUGCUGAGGACACCCGAGCACUCCUAGAAAACCUCAGGUCUCUUGAAGAAAACAGCAAAGUUUCCAUAAGUAGUUUGGAAACAAAGUUGCUCCAACUUGAGAGCACUGUUAGUACAAAGGACUUGGAACUUCUACAAUGUUAUAAACAAAUAAAAGACAUACAAGAGCAAGGCCAGUCUGAAACACAAAUGCUUCAAAAGAAGAUUGUAAACCUACAGAAAAUACUUGAGGAAAAAGUGGCUGCUGCUCUUGUGAGUCAAGUUCAACUUGAAGCAGUUCAGGAGUACGUGAAACUCUGUCAAGAUGAGCAGGCAGUCUCAUCAGAACCCACAAGGACAGACUCGCAGAAUUUAAGUCAACCAACGGCAAACACAGUGGAGUCAGAUGUAUCUGCACUCACCCUGAGAAUCUCGGAGUUAGAAAGCCAGGUAUUGGAAAUGCACUCUAGUUUGAUUUUAGAAAAAGAGCAAGUAGAAAUCGCAGAGAAAAAUGCUUUGGAAAAAGAAAAGAAAUUGAUGGAGCUACAGAAGCUUUUGGAGGACACUGAGAGAAAGCGGGGAGAGAAAGAAGGGGCGAGCAACGCCCCAGGAGAUGUGGAAGUUCUUAAGGUUACUACUGAACUAACUGAUACAACUAAAGAAAGUGGAAUUUUUGGAGAACUGCAGUCCCUUAAAGCUGAGUCAGCAGCUACCAAGGAAGAACUUGCCAGCUACAAAGAACUGGCAGAAAAACUUCAAGAAGAGCUUUUGGUAAAAGAAGCAAAUAUGGCAUCUCUUCAGAAAGACUUAAGCUGCAUUAAAGAGCAGCUUACAGAGGCUGAGGACAAAUUAUCCCGCUUCUCAGAAAAAGAUAAGACAGAGGAACAAGGAAACAGGAAGGUCUGCGUACCGGAACUACCUCCUGGUGAAGCCGGUGAAAGCGUUGCUUCCCAGACAGAAGGCGCUGUCCAGGUGGAGAGCCACGCCCAGACUCCACGGAUUGCAGUUAGAAGUGCGGGGAUCCAGACAGAGCCACGGAGCCAUGGUUCCUCUGAAGGAGUCACCGCGAUCGUCGCUCAGUUUCCUGACAGGGUGGAGCAGGUGCGAGAGCUGCGCGCCGAGGUUUUGGACUUGGAAUCUAGACACAUUUCUGAAACGGAGGCUUGGAAGAGGGGGCGUUGUGGUGCUGUUCAGUUACUGUUCACCACUGAGUGUGGUUCCUUGACAUCUGUGAUGCAGGGUCUGGGAAUGCAAGAGGGAUCCCCAGUUCCUGAAUUAACACAUUCUAACGCUUACCAAACUGAAGAAGUGGGUUCUAGCGACACUGGAUCAGACUGGGGUCAGGAGAUUUACCUCACACAAAGUCAGCCGUUUGACACAGCAUCAGAAGGCCAUGGUGAAGAAGGCGAAAGUUCCACAGAUUCGUUUCCCAAGAAAAUAAAGGGACUGCUGAGAGCCGUGCACAGUGAGGGCAUGCAGGUGCUGUCGCUCACCGAGUCCCCCUACGGCGACGGAGAGGACUGUUUCGGUCUGCAGUUUGCAGAAUCAUGGCGGGAAGAGAGGAGAGCUUACCUCAGUACAAUCUCAUCUCUCAAGGAUCUCAUUGCCAAAGCGCAGGUGCAAAGAGAAGCUGAGGUUUAUGACAGUUCUCAGUCUCACGAGAGUGACUCAGACUGGCGCGGUGAGCUCCUUCUCGCCCUGGAACAAGUUUUCUUACGGGAGCGCAGCGUGUUACUAGCCGCCUUUCAGAGCGAGCUGACAGCUCUAGGUCCUGGAGAUGCAGUCGGGUUAAUAGGCUGUUUGGAGCAGCGAAUACAAGAACAGAAUGUUGAAUAUCAAACAGCUAUGGAUUGUCUGCAGAAAGCCGACAGACAGAGCUUGUUGUCUGAAAUCCAAGCGCUCCGUGCUCAAGUGAACGGUAGGAAAAUGAUUCUGAAAAGAGAACACGGAAGCAGUAAACCGGGCCAGGGACUCCUGGAGCACAGCAUGCAGCAGAAGCAGGCACAGUUGCUGGAGCUGCAGGUGGAGCUGAAUGGUGCACAGGAGCGCUCUGCCGAGCUGCAGGAGCAGCUGAGCGCCGAGAAGCUGGUGGCGGCAGAGCUCAGGAGUGAGCUUGCGCAGACCAAGCUGGAGCUGGAGACGACGCUCAAGGCUCAACACAAGCACCUCAAGGAACUGGAAGCUUUCAGGUUGGAAGUGAAAGACAAGACAGAUGAAGUUCAUUCACUCAAUGAUACACUAGCAAGUGAGCAGAAGAAAUUGAGAGAACUCCAGUGGGCAUUGGAGAAAGAAAAGGCCAAAAUGGGGCGCAGCGUAGAACGGGAUAAGGAGGAACUUGAGGACCUGAAAUUUUCACUUGAGGAUCAGAAACAAAGGAAUGGUCAACUAACCCAACUUUUGGAACAACAGAAACAACUACUCAGUGAAGCACAACAGGAAAUAGAAUCCCAGAGAAUGCUGUAUGACGCGCAGUUAUCCGAAGAGCGAGGCCGAAGCUUAGAGCUCCAGGUGCUGCUGGACUCCGAGAAGGGCCGGGUUCAGGAGAUGAGCAGCACCCUGGAGCGGGAGCGGGAACUGCACGCCCAGCUGCAGGCCAGUGCCGAGAGCGGCCAGCCACGGCCCGCCGUGCCCUCCGAAGAGCUGCUUCGGGAGCUGCAGAGACAGCUGGAGGAGAAGCACGGGCGCAUAGUGGAGCUGCUGGGUGAAACCGAGAAGUACAAACUGGACUCUCUGCAAACGAGACAGCAGAUGGAGAAAGACCGGCAGGUGCACAGGAAGACGCUGCAGACAGAACAGGAGGCCAACAGCGAGGGACAGAAGAAAAUGCGCGAGCUGCAGUCCAGGGUGGAAGAUCUGCAGCACCAGCUGGAGGAGAAGCGGCAACAAGUAUAUAAGUUGGACCUCGAAGGAAAAAGGCUCCAAGGAAUCAUGCAGGAGUUCCAGAAGCAAGAACUAGAGCGAGAAGAAAAACGGGAAAGUAGAAGAAUUCUGUAUCAGAAUCUUAAUGAGCCAGCCAUGUGGAGCUUAACCAGUGAUCGAACUAGAAACUGGGUUCUUCAGCAGAAAAUAGAAGGCGAGACAAAGGAAUCAGGCUAUCCUAAAUUGAUUGAAAUGAAUGGAGGCAGAGCUGACUGUAAUCCUGAAUUGGAAAUGAUCAGACAAAAGCUUCAACAUGUGGCUUCAAAGCUGCAGCUCCUAUCGCAGAAGGCCGGUAACAGACUACAGUUUGAAACAGCAGAUGAUGAGGAUUUCUUUUGGGUUUUGGAAAACAUUGAUGGAAUUAUUUUGCGGCUGCAGAAAUUAACUGGCCAGCUGUAUGAAGAGCCUAGCAUAGUGUCCCCAAGUACUGCUUGUGGCUCACUGACGGAAAGACUACUGAGACAAAACGCCGAGCUGACAGGCCACAUCCGCCAGCUCACCGAAGAGAAGAAUGACUUGAGGAGCUUGGUGAUGAAGCUGCAGGAGCGGGCCAGCUGGUACCGGCAGGCGGGAGCCAGCAGAGAUGCCUCUUCUAGGUUUGCAUUUAAUGGCGGUGCCAGCCUUGAAGCCAUCAUUGCUUCUGAAAAAGAAGUGUGGAGCCGGGAGAAGGCAGCGCUGCAGAAGUCCUUGAAAAGGGCAGAGGCGGAAGUGUGCAAGCUGAAAGCUGAGCUAAGAAAUGAUGCUUUGCUUCAGAACCUGAGCCCUGACUCCGAGCACAUCGCCUUAAAGAGACUUUACAGUAAAUACCUGAGGGCAGAGAGCUUCCGAAAAGCCCUCAUCUAUCAGAAGAAAUACCUGCUGCUGUUACUGGGUGGCUUUCAGGAGUGUGAGGAUGCCACCCUGACCCUGCUGGCCCGCAUGGGGGGACAGCCGGCCUUCACAGACCUUGAGGGCAUCACCAACCGCCCCCGGGGCUUCACCCGCUUCCGGUCAGCUGCCCGAGUGUCCAUCGCGAUUUCGAGAAUGAAAUUUUUGGUUCGACGAUGGCAUCGAGUCACAGGUUCUGGUUCCAUCAAUAUUAACAAGGAUGGCUUUGGACUACAUCCAGGUGCUGACAAGACAGACUCAUUUUAUCAUUCUGGGGGGCUGGAGCUGUAUGGCGAACCAAGACACACAGCUUAUCGCUCAAGAUCAGAUCUGGACUAUCCUAGGUCACCUUUGCCAUUUCAAAAUAGGUAUCCAGGCACCCCUGCGGAUUUAAACCCUGGCUCCCUGGCAUGUUCACAGCUUCAGAACUAUGACCCUGACAGAGCCCUGACGGAUUACAUCACCCGGCUUGAGGCGCUGCAGAGACGGCUUGGAACCGUACAGUCAGGUUCGACUCCUCAGUUUCAUGCUGGCAUGAGAAGAUAAUCCCCCGAAACAUCAUCAAUUGAAGUGAUUUUAAGCAAACUCCCUUUUGUAAAUCAACGGCUCUUUUGUGCUUUUGUAUUGUGAAUACUCACGGGGACCAAUAGGAACACAGCUUAUGAUUGUAUACAAAUCCUUUGCCAGCACAUUAAUGCAAACUGGAAUUUGUAUAUAUGCGCAUUGUGUAUGUAGCCAUGCACAAUCAGAGUACAUGUAUAUUUGUGGAAUGUUAAUUUAAAUGAUUAAAUUAUGGACUCGUGGGUGAGAAGAUUCAGCCUUUGUGCAUCAUGCUGCUGCUGAGCGUGUGCCCGCGGUGCCCUGCACUUGCCUCCCAAGGCCACCGCAAGCACACGUCUGCCUAACACAUUUGCUACUGGUGAUGACAGACACUGUCACUUGUAGAGCCCUAUUUUUGUAUUAAUGGUAGAAGUUUUGAAUUUUAUGGGGUAUUUUGUCAAGUACUGAAAUAAAAACGACUUCACCAUUUUCA